AUCUAGGAGAUUUCACACCACGAAAGUGUUUUAUAUUUGAUUGGGAUGCCGAAGAGCAAAGCGAGAGUGUCCGACGACAACGAGAGUGAGAGUAGAAGCAGCAGCAGCAGCAGCGACAGCACCUCCACUGCUUCCGACUCCUCCACCAGGGCCCUGCCCUCCACCCCCAAAGCGAAGAAGCAAAACCCGCCCUCUGCUGCUUCCUCUGCUUCUGUGUGGAAUGAGGAGGGGCGACUGGCGCUAAGUGAGAAGAGGUUUGUAACGGCGAAGUGGUUCAAGGGCCUUGUGUAUGUGGACAUCCGGGAUUAUUACUGGAAGGAUGGAGUGAUGACGCCAUCACCCAAGAAUGGCAUCCGCAUUCACCCCUAUGAGUGGGCCAUACUGAGGGCCAACAUCCGCCACAUCGACAAAAAGCUCAAGGACUUGGAUAGAAUUGAACUGCCAAAGUGAACAGAACAGAGCCGAGAGAAGAGAAGUGUGCAGUUAGUUAGUGGAAUAAAACUAAAAUAGAAGAAAAGUAACGGAGAAAUAACGUGCGAUUCUGACAAUAAGUGGCUGCUUGAAAACUCACCUGUUGAUAAUUGUACUGUACUGACUUUAUUUGAACUUGUUUUUGUUUUUGUUUACCGUAAUUUUGGAACUCUUGUUGCUAUUUGUUCGCAUCCCCUUGCUGAGGCCAUUUAUGUGCAUUUUCUGUGGUUCCAAUCUGUGGUUCCAAUCCCACAGAUGUGCAUUUUCAAAUGUUAGCUUUUCAUUUUCACCUCAAGCCUCAUUUUUGAGCUUAAUGGCUUCAGAGAAAUAAUGUGAAUGACAAUUUUAAAGAUUAGCCGCUGCUCAGUGACAUGUGUUUUAUCCUAGAUUUUAUAAUUUUGUUUUUAGUAUAGUUUAAUUCGUUGGCUCAUAAUGAAUUCUAAAUUCAAUGAUUUUA